AUGGCUAAGGCGACGGCUAUGUUGUCAUUAUUUCUUUCCCUUGUUUCUCUUUAUCUCAUCAUUGCAAAUGGGGUUAGCUCUUUUGAAGAGAAGAAGAUCUUCAAUUUGCAAAUAUUGCAGAGGAAACUACAACUUGAUACCCAGGGUUGCCUCCUCCCGGAAUCAAGACGGGUGAAAUGUGCUAUUAUACUGGAAAUGAAGGAUAGAGGUCACUGCUCAGAGAAGAAAAGUGAUUGGAACAGAAGGCUUAAGAAACAGUUAAUAUUAGAUGAUCUUCGUGUUCGUUCAAUGCAAAACAGGAUUCGAAAAAUGGUCUCUGGUCAUAGUAUAGAAGCUUCAGAAACCCAAAUUCCAUUAGCUUCUGGUAUAAACUUGGAAACUUUAAACUACAUCGUGACUAUUGGAUUGGGUAGCCAGAAUAUGACUGUGACAAUUGACACCGGAAGCGACUUGACAUGGGUCCAAUGUGAGCCUUGCAUGUCAUGUUAUAAUCAACAAGGACCUGUAUUCAAGCCUUCUACCUCCUCUUCAUAUCAAUCAAUUCUGUGCAAUUCAUCAACCUGCCAAUCGCUUCAAUUUGCUGCAGGAAAUACAGGAGCGUGUGGAAGUAGUCCAUCAACUUGUAAUUAUGGGGUUAACUAUGGUGAUGGGUCCUAUACUAAUGGGGAGCUCGGUGUUGAUCACCUUAGUUUUGGAGGUGUUUCAGUGAGUAAUUUUGUAUUUGGUUGUGGUAGAAACAACAAAGGUCUAUUCGGAGGAGUCUCUGGUCUUAUGGGCUUGGGAAGAAGUUACCUCUCAUUGAUAUCUCAAACCAAUGCUACAUUUGGAGGAGUUUUCUCAUACUGUUUACCAACAACUGAGACUGGAGCUUCUGGGUCAUUGAUUAUGGGUAAUGAGUCUUCAGUUUUCAAAAAUGUUACUCCCAUAGCUUACACCAGGUUGGUUCCAAACCCACAGCUAUCCAACUUUUAUAUACUCAAUCUCACCAGUAUAGAUGUUGGUGGUGUGUCUCUGCAAGCUCCAAGCUUUGGCAAUGGUGGGAUCAUAAUUGAUUCCGGGACAGUGAUAACAAGACUGGCUCCACCUCUCUACAAGGCUUUGAAGGCAGAGUUCUUGAAACAGUUUUCUGGUUUCCCUUCAGCACCAGGUUUUUCAAUUUUGGAUACCUGUUUUAAUCUCACUGGGUAUCAAGAAGUAAGCAUGCCUACAAUUAGGAUGUAUUUUGAGGACAAUGCUGAGCUGAAUGUGGAUGUAAGUGGCAUAUUCUAUAUUGUAAAAGAGGAUGCUUCACAAGUUUGUUUGGCUCUUGCAAGUCUUUCUGAUGCAUAUGACAUCGCCAUUAUUGGGAAUUAUCAGCAGAGGAACCAAAGAGUAAUAUAUGAUACCAAGCAGUCCAAAGUGGGAUUUGCAGGGGAGCCAUGCAGUUUCACUUGA